GCAGCUGGGGACGCCGCUGCCUCAAGGCGCUCGCAGCCAAUCAGGAUGGAGCUUGCCGGGACGCAUUACAAGGGCGACUGGCCCGAGGCCUCCCGCUUCGGGAUGAAUUAGCGGCGGGUUGUGCACGGAGGUUGUGACCCCCAGGGAUUCUCCAGUUCGCCCACGUGCUCCCCACGGCGUCGCGCGUGGUCCUCUGCUGGUCACAGGCCUUUUCUAAGGAGGAAAGAACCAUGGGCCAAUGGCUGCAUCAGAAGUUGCUCAGAAAAAUGGAAACUCAUUUUCUUACAAAAAUGGGAAUGCCCCCAGAGUCAGAAUGCACACUAAUCUUCAUUUGAAUCAUGGUGUCAUGGAGAGGGAUAUACUUUAUACUCACUCUGUUUUGGGGAAGCUUUUUUGGAAGCAUUUUCAUGCUGGGUCCCUUUUUACCUUUGAUGUUUAUAAACCCAUCUUGGUAUCGCUGGAUCAACAACCGCCUUGUGGCAACCUGGCUCACGCUACCCGUGGCAUUGCUGGAGACCAUGUUUGGUGUAAAAGUGAUUAUAACAGGUGAUGCAUUUGUUCCUGGAGAAAGAAGUGUCAUUAUCAUGAAUCAUCGGACAAGAAUGGACUGGAUGUUCCUGUGGAAUUGUCUGAUGAGAUAUAGCUACCUCAGAUUAGAGAAAAUUUGCCUCAAAGCCACUCUCAAAUGUGUUCCGGGAUUUGGUUGGGCCAUGCAGGCUGCUGCCUAUAUCUUCAUUCAUAGGAAAUGGAAGGAUGAUAAGAGCCAUUUUGAAGACAUGAUUGAUUAUUUUUGUGAUAUCCAUGAACCACUUCAACUCCUCAUAUUCCCAGAAGGGACUGAUCUCACAGAAAAUAGCACGGCUCGAAGUAAUGAAUUUGCUGAAAAGAAUGGACUUCAGAAAUAUGAAUAUGUCUUACAUCCAAGAACUACAGGCUUUACUUUUGUAGUAGACCGUCUAAGAGAAGAUUUGAAAUGGCCUUUAGCAGAAGAUAAAAUAAGAAAAACAUGGCUCCCGGUGUCAAAGCCAGGUAAGAACCUGGAUGCUGUCCAUGACAUCACGGUGGCAUACCCUCACAACAUUCCCCAGACAGAGAGGCACCUCCUCCUCGGUGACUUUCCUAAGGAGAUCCACUUCCACGUCCACCGAUACCCAGUGGACACCCUCCCCACAUCCAAGGAGGACCUCCAGCUCUGGUGCCGCAAGCGGUGGGAAGAGAAAGAGGAGAGGCUGCGCUCCUUCUAUCAAGGGGAGAAGAAUUUUUACUUUACGGGGCAGACUGUCAUUCCACCUUGCAAGUCUGAGCUCAGGGUCCUUGUGAUCAAAUUGCUCUCCAUACUGUACUGGACCCUGUUUGGCCCUGCAAUGUGCCUGCUCAUCUAUCUAUACAGCCUUGUUCGGUGGUAUUUUAUAAUCAUCAUUGUCAUCUUCGUGCUGCAGGAGAGAGUAUUUGGUGGACUGGAGAUCAUUGAACUUGCAUGUUACCGUUUUUUACACAAACAGCCACAUUUAAAUGCAAAGAAAAAGGAGUAAGAUUGUAAGGUUCACAGUGUAAAAACCUAGGGGGUAUUUUGGAAAUGUUCUAAGCUUUUGUAAACCGAGAUGCUUUUUUGCAUGACUAUGUCAAAUAUUUCUUACUAUCGUCAUUAUUGUUAAAGAUAUUUUGCACUUAGUUUUGUGGGAAAAUAUUGCUACACACAUGAUUUUUUUUAAUCUCUGAAUGUAAUUUCAACACUGUGUAGCAGGGAGCAAUCGCUGUGAAAUAACUUGGGCCAGAGUAUUAGUAAACAAUCAUCAGGCUGUUAGCAGACAAGGUACACACAAGAUCUUCUUAAAGGCCCAACCCUGCUUCCUAACAAACCCCCCAGACAGGAGGCAGAUCUGGGGCUCCUGAGCACUGGCUCAGAUCAAGUGCUGGCACUUGACCAUGGAGGUGAGGGCCCUUCCUCCUGGCUCCCUCUCAGCCCUGUCCCCGCACUCCUUUCUAUGCCAAUCAAACCCUUGCAUCCUUCCUCAAGACCAGAAAACAGAAGCCCCUCGUCCUUAAGCUGAACAAACAUUGUAAUAGGAAGCCCUUCGUUACUCGUGAAAUCUUGGCAUCUUGCUCUGCACUGACCUAGACGUCAGAAGACCACCGGUGCCCUUUUCUCACGUGGAAAAUAAGAGCUGGACAAGUCUCAGGGAGCAACCGCAGGCUCUCCACUCAGAAACCUUAGUUUGAAUUUUUAAAGCCAGGAAUUCAUACAGUUUAGCUCUUCACUUCUGUGUAACCUUGCAUGUUUCGUGCUGGUUUCUUUACAGCUUGUUAGCAGGUGUAGCUUUUCUGCAUUAUAAAAAUCAAGUCACUUACCUUUUUAAAGGAAAGCGUAGAAGAACGUUCUCUUAUUGCCAUCAGAAAUGCUCUUUUGAAGUUGUGUCUUGGUUGAAAUAUUUCUUUAAAACCUGCCACAAAAAGGAAGGUUAUUGUAUUUUCUAUGUGUGCAUGGGUAUCUAACUUCUGCCACUAAAUCAACAGCAGCACUUGCAGACAGGGCUGUAAUGGUUUAACUUAAAUUAUUCAAUCCUUGACAAGUUUUAUUCUUAAAACCAAAAUGGUCACACAAAAAUGAAUCCUUUUUUAAUGAUAGUGAGGGAUCUCUCUUUUUUAGUCCCAGGUUUCCUCUUUCAUUAGUAAAACCCACUUUUUACCAAUUGUGUUGUUCACCUAAAUAUUCCUGUUAUUUGGAGUCAAUGGAAAAUUCAGCAGUCAACAGCACCAGUCUCCUUCUGAGGCAAAAAAACAAAUGUGUGGUUAUUGUUUCCACUCUGCUGGAGCCGUGCAGCUACUUUUCUUUUUUUUCUUUUUUUUUUUUUUUUCUGGUCCUAAUGGGAAUGCUGGUCAGUGCAGCAGAAAAUAUGGGGCAAUUAAAAGUCUUUACUGUUGGGGCUUCCCUGGUGGUGCAGUGGUUAAGAGUCCGCCUGCCGAUGCAGGGGACACGGGUUCGUGCCCCCGUCCGGGAGGAUCCCACAUGCCGCGGAGCGGCUGGGCCCGUGAGCCAUGGCCGCUGAGCCUGUGCGUCCAGAGCCUGUGCUCCGCAACGGGAGAGGCCACAAUAGUGAGAGGCCCGCGUACCGCAAAAAAACAAAAACAAAACAUAGGGAGGCACUUAAUUGUGUAAUGAUGAAUGGAAACUGCAGGCAUCAAAAGAAAAAGGGAAAAAAAAAGUCUUAAAAAACCUGUCCGCUUAUUCCUGCCUUGAACCAGCUUCAAACACUGUUUCCAGUUUUGUGUACUCUUGGCGUGAGUGCCUUCUCCUUAAUUACAUCUCCUUUGUGCUGGGCGGUGAUUUCCGCCGGCAGUGGAAACCGGCCUCGCUGUGACAGGCAAGCCCGCUGUGAGCUAGACUUACCCAGCAGACGACUUCUUUCAGAAAGCCACCGCAGCACUCUGCUGGCACACCAUCUUCACUGGAAGAGAACUAACUAGUGCCUCUGCUGAAGAGCCCAACCUGUAUUUAACUCCUCUCCCAAGGCUGUUUCUAAUCCUGCCGGGGCGGGGGCUACUAAUUAGUUAUUAGGCACAUCUGCAGACCCAGCUUCCUUGGUUUCUAAGGUGGUUAUUUUUUUAACCUUUUUUCCCCCCCUUAAUAAAAGAGGUUUCUAAUUUAGGCCUCUCUCAGACUUCUGGUUAUAUUUGGAAAUAAGAAGUAGUUUAACAGUCAGGAUUGCAUUUGUCCUGGGUCAGAGAGAAACGCUGAGUUUUCUGCUCCACAGGUGUUUGUAAUGUAGCCUGGCUGCUCUUCCUCCAACUGCUCAAGGCUCCUUGGUUCAGGGUCUGGCUUUAACGGCGAGUCCUCUUGAACCCUUUGAAACCUGUAAAAGGGGAACUCUUCCUUUUUAAAACAUGUUUUCUUUUGAUCAUAAAAAACAUGUUUAAGAUAAAAUGCAAACUCUUUUUUAGUACCCUGAAUUCAUAAGCACUGAAACUGAGACAUUGUACUUCUAAGAAUUAGAAAUAACUUCAAAAAGAAAAAUGUUGCCUUUUUUGGUCUCUGGUGUGGUUUUUUGUUUGUUUGUUUUGUUUUGUUUGCAAUAAGGCUUCUUUUAAAAUUGUAAUCAUUUGUGUUUUCCUACACAACUUUUUCUUAUUUAAAAAAAUACACUGUCCAUGAUUUGGACUCUAAAAUUGAUAGUGUCAUGUAGAGGUUAAUGCAGUUACAGUACUGUGCUUGGCCUCAGCUGUGACCCCUUCCCACCUCCCAGUCUCUUGCUCUGGACUCAGCAGCCGCCUCUCUGGCAGCAUCUGGACUCUCACCAGUCCAUCCAAAGGAAACUCAGUGGAGUUUGAAAUGUUUACAGUGCUGUAUGUCCAUUUGUUACAUCUUUACCAUUCAGACAAGAUUUAAAUAAAGCAAGUGUGGUUUACAUGGGACAUGAACCAUUACACUUAAAACAGGAAUCUACAAGGAAGGGCACUGAUUAGGUCACAAGUUUUCCCACCAGGCCUCUUUGAUGAAACAAGCCGAAGUAAUUGUAAAAUUCAGUAGAAGAACAUGGUAAAAGACUAAAAGAAAAAUAAAUGUCAGAGCCCAUAAUUUAAAGUUCUUAAUAAAAUCCUUGUUUGUUAGGCUGCUAAAACACAGAUGGGGAGAAAUCCCAGCUUCCACUUGAGUCACUUUGAAAUUAGUUACAUCCAUAGCCCCACGUCAGACGUCGUCCAUCAGCAGCCGAUACUGAACUCGCCAGGAAGGGGAGACGUUCCCACCUCACUCGGACUUGAAGCUCUGGCCUGACCACGCUGCCCUUGUGCACUUUUAUAACAGAGACUAAUGGAGGGAGCCUGUUGGUAUUAAAUUGUUUACAUUUCUUUAUAUAAAUAAUGUGCUUUCAGUGCCUUAGUUACGGGUCCCUUUCUUUCUCUUGUUCCAAGAAUUCUGCAAUGUGUCUCUUAGGUAAAAGUCUCUUUUUGCUGUUCACUGGGAGAAAAAUGGUUUCUAAAACACUGGUCACUGUGGUCAAUACUACUUUGUGAUGACAUCUGGGAAAGAGAGCUUUAUGUGGAGGUUAGCGGUUGCCUCAGGGCUAUAGUUUAUGUUGCAGAAACGCUCUUGUCACAUGAUGAGCUUCAGAUUAGACAUGGCCCUAAAGUUGUCUUGUGCUGACCUUAAAUUCUUAUUUCAGAAGAGAAUCUUGGUUUUGGUAAUUCAUUUUUUAAAAGAUCAUGUGCAAAAACACUACGUUUUAAAAAUAACUCACAGAAUGGCCUUAGUUUUUUAUGUAUGCUGGUAUGUUUGUGAGUUGUGUUCUCUGUAGUAUACAUCCCAGAAUAAAGUGGAGUGAAUUCAAUAGU